AUGGCCACGUCUUCUGCAUCAUCAGCUGCUCAGGAUGCGCAAUGGCGAGCAGAAAUAGCAGCGCGGGUCGAAAAGGAUGGACGGCCGCAGACUGAGGAUGUGACAGCCACUAAGGGCAACGAUUUCGAAGACUAUUUCCUGAAACGACCUCUGCUCAUGGGCAUCUUCGAGGCUGGCUUCGAACGACCAUCCCCAAUUCAAGAAGAAGCAAUUCCCAUCGCUUUGACUGGUCGUGAUAUCUUGGCAAGGGCAAAGAAUGGAACGGGCAAGACGGCGGCUUACGUCAUUCCCUCUCUAGAAAGGCUCAAACCCGAAAAGAGUGCGAUCCAAGCGGUCUUGCUCGUCCCUACCCGAGAGUUAGCCCUGCAGACUAGCCAGGUCGUCAAGACUUUGGGCAAGCAUAUGGGCAUUCAGGUCAUGGUCACCACCGGAGGAACCACUCUGAGAGACGACAUCCUGCGUCUCUCUCAAACCGUACACAUUCUGGUCGGAACUCCUGGGAGGAUCUUGGAUCUUGCGAGCAAAGGUAUCGCUGAUUUGACCCAAUGCUCGACUUUCGUGAUGUGAGUUUCGAACGGGAAGAAACCUGGGAUCCAGUUGUCAAUGCUGAUGCGCGCACCCCACCUGCACGUAGGGACGAGGCCGACAAGCUGCUGUCACCCGAAUUUACGCCUGUCAUGGAGCAGCUGCUUGGCUUGUUGCCUCGCGAGAGGCAAGUCAUGCUGUUUAGCGCUACCUUUCCACUCAUUGUCAAAGACUUUAAAGACAAACACAUGGUCAAGCCGUACGAGAUCAACCUCAUGGACGAGCUGACGCUACGAGGUGUGACGCAGUACUAUGCAUUCGUAGAAGAACGUCAAAAGGUGCACUGUCUCAACACGCUCUUCUCGAGAUUACAAAUCAACCAGUCCAUCAUCUUCUGCAACUCGACCAACCGCGUCGAGUUGCUGGCAAAGAAGAUUACUGAACUGGGUUACAGCUGCUUCUAUUCUCAUGCAAAAAUGCUUCAAGCGCACCGAAAUCGGGUGUUCCAUGAUUUUAGAAACGGAGCGUGCAGGAACCUGGUCUGCUCGGAUCUGCUCACUCGAGGUAUCGAUAUUCAAGCCGUCAACGUGGUCAUCAAUUUCGACUUUCCCAAGAACGCAGAGACGUAUUUGCAUCGCAUUGGUCGUAGCGGUCGUUUUGGUCACCUGGGUCUAGCCAUCAACCUCAUCACGUAUGAAGAUCGCUUCAAUUUGUAUCGUAUCGAGCAAGAAUUGGGAACCGAGAUCGCUCCCAUCCCACCCACCAUCGACAAGCGCCUCUACGUUGCUCCUUCGCUCAUCACUGAAGAUGACGGAAAGAACGCCAACGGGGCCAAGGCCCACCAAAACGGAGCGCCCGUCAUCCCUCCUACGCAGAGGGCAAUGCACCAGGCCAUCAUUCCCCAGAGUCAAGACUUCACUCAGAGCUCGGGAGGUAGGAGAGGCGGCGGCGGCGGCGGUCACGCGAACGCUGGUGCAGCUGCAGGUGCUGCGCCUUCACAGCCAGCAGCAUGAGCCGACGGGUCGAUUGCUGCGUCUGCCCAAGAUCUAUGCACCCCAACCCUCUCGCCAAUCGCCUUCUCCGCUCUUUCCCACCUCCGCCGCAUGCACCAGCAUCCCACUGUCACGCCUGUGUGGAGCAUCAAUGCUUUCCCCACUUACCUCGAGUCUCGACUCCAUCCUUCGAAACCCUCUCGCUUUCGUGGUAUUGAAAGAGGUCAUCGAUCGCCAAAUUCAAAAGCCAUCGAUGACCGCCAAAGUGUAUACGUGUACUAA